UUCGUCCUCUGCUCAAAUGGGUCCUCCGUGUAACAUUUAUAGCGUUGACCGUGUAGCUUGUUAUGAAACGUGCGGAGUUGUGCAGGUUACGGAAACUUAACUUCAGUGCGAAUACGCAGACCCACUGAGUCAGCGGCGUGCAUUGACACAGGAUGGCAUCCCCUUCACCACAUGACCGCAGCCGUAAAGAUGAUGACGAGGACGACCCUGUGGAUCGGAUGGUAUCCCGCACUGGCUGUGCCGAGCUACAUUAUGCCGUGCAGGAGUGCAUGGCUGAGCACCAGGACUGGCGAAUGUGCCAGAGCCAGGUCCAGACUUUCAAAGACUGCAUGAUGAAUUUCCAAAAUGCCCGGAAAGAACAGCUGAGGAAGCAGCUGCCGACCUCCACUCAGUCAGCACCUAGCUGAACUACCCCCGCUACCACACACACACACACUUGAUGGCAUGCUUGAAGUGGAAAGACUGUACAUAAUUUGAUUAUUCAGAAGGAAAAUAAACAAGUAUGAGCAGCUACAAAAAUCCUGUUUUGGACUUAAACUUUUCAAUUGUCCUGCUCUGUACACAUCUUGGUCACUACUGUAAAAAAACAAGCAAAAAAAUAAUUUAAAGAAUUCUUAAUGGACAAAAAUGGUUUUGUCGAUUUGUUUUUGUUGUCUUUAUAAAAAAUAUAUAUGUACUGUAUAUAUUUUUUACUUACAUGUAACUGCCUCAAAUCUGGUCUUAAUCCAGUCUUCACUUAGUUUUUAUUUCGUCAGGCAAUAAUACAUAUUUCAUUAAUGUAAAGGAAUAACAUUAAAUAAAUCCAGUAAACAUAUAUCUUAGUAUAAAUACACUUUGUGUUAUGGGAACUUAAAGGUGUCAGAGAGAAAUAUUUAAUCAAAAAUUGCAUCAAUGCAAACAGAAGCAGAUAACAGAUCUCUAUGGGAUCUAAGUAGAUUUUAGGAUUUAGGGUGGAUACAAAUUAUUUAAGGAGGGGCUCACCGACUGUUCCAGUAUCAGUAAAUUUCAGUGAAAGUGCUCCAUACAUGCCACAUAAAUGACCAAGUGACUGCACAGAGCAGAAUUAAGAAAUCUGGCACACCAAAAAGGAAAAUAAAAAUAUUAUCUGAGCAGCAAAUAUGAAUAAAAAAAUG